AUGGACAAUUUCUCCUACGCCGAAUCCGGCGAUUCUUCACCGCGAUCUCGAGAUCAACUCGAUUUUGAAUCCCCACAUCCCUGGAUCGACAACAACGAUCAUCAUCAACAGCUUCCCCCAAACUUCAGAAUCAAGUUCAUGUGCAGUUAUGGCGGAAGAAUCAAUCCUCGUCUCAACGAUAAUCAGUUAUUCUAUGUCGGCGGCCACACUAAAAUCCUCGCCGUAGAACGAGGAAUCAAGUUUCACGCAUUCAUGGCCAGACUUCUGUCCUUAUGCGACGGUUAUGUAAGCUUCAAGUAUCAGCUACCUGGGGAAGAUCUCGAUUCUCUAAUCUCCGUCACCAACGACGAUGAUCUUGAACACAUGAUGCAUGAGUAUGAUCGGAUGUAUAAAGAAUCUUCUAAACCGGCUAGGUUGAGAUUGUUUCUUUUUUCGGAAAACCCAUCUUCUAUUGGAAGUUAUACUGUUUCUGGUGAUGUUAGAAAAAGCGAUCGUGAACGAUUUGUUGAUGCUUUGAACACCGCACCGGCUCCGCCACCGUUGAUCGUCCAGUCCCAAAUUACCGCCGAACCAGUGAUUUCGACGACGACUUCCGGUCCGGAUCUGAUACAGAGACAAAUCCAGGAUCUCCAACGUUUACAUAUGGCGGCUCAACAGAAACAAGAACAGCAACAACAAGAAUUAUUACCAAAUUAUCAGAAAAAAGCUGUUGCCGAUGAUAACAUAGUAGGAAAUUUCUAUAAACCUCCGGAAAAUGCAACAGAUCCUCCUCCGAUGAGUUUACCCACGGCGCCGGCUUACUGGCCGGAAAGACAUGUUUAUCAGCCAACAUCAUCCCCUUCUGCUGCCGUGGCUGAACAACAACCUGUUUAUAUAAUUCCAACGAAUCCGUCUAUGUACCAUCACCAUGCGCCAAUGAUAAGACAAAUGGCGAGUUCACCAGCAGGCGGCCAGGGUUUCUAUCUUCAUAGGAUUAAUAAUCCUUCCGAGGUUUAUGGAGGGCGGGAUCAAGCGUCUAGUUACGGCGUCGUUACGUCCGCACCACCUGGAGCAGGGGUUUCGGCUCAGCAGCAGCAGCAAGGGCAGAUGGGUGCGUACUCGGAAGGAAUAGGGUACAUGCCGAUGACUUACUACAAUGGGUCGGCGGGGGGAGUUAUGCUGCCACCUCCAUCGCCAUAUCAGCCGGUUUCAGCGGCGAUGGCAGAUCAUAUGAGGGCGGCGGGUACUGGAUCAGUGUUCAAUCAGGACGCCGCCGGUAGAAGUGUCUGAAACUCCGCAAUAAUGUUGUUGGUCGGUCCACUGCCAUCUCCGCCGCAAUCUCCGCCGCCUACUAUUUAUAUAUAUAUAUAUAUAUAUAUAUGGCAUGCAUGCUUAGCUAUAGUAUCGUGACAGUUGGAUUGUUAAGUUUGUUCUGUUUAUUGCUUAAUCAAAUUAUAAUUGUUUCUUGUCAG